AUUCUUAUAAAUUUGAGUAAAAUAAUAACAUCAUAUUGUAGAAUUUAUUUUCUCAUCCAAAUCGAAGCCCUAAAACCGUCGUCCACCGGAAAACGCCGCGUUCACCCCCUUGAUUCGCCAAUUUUCAGCCGUGGCGGCGAUCGGCCGCGCCAGAGUAAGGCCCAAUUGAACUUCCGUAAGCAGCUCCAUCCAAUUUCUCGACGUUUGACGGCCCCGCUCAUCUUCGAACCGCCAACAGCGCUGUGUAUUGUAGUCACGCGCAAUUAGCUCCACCCACAAUCAACCAGUUUCAACCUUCGUACAAUAAUAAUACAAGCGUAGCGAAAGGAAGGAGAAAGAGAGUCAUCUUUCUCUUUGGAGUCAUAUCUGUUUUAAUAGUCACUGGACCAAUGGAAGAGCCUAAAAGCAAAUCUAGAAGAGACGGAUCUGAAAAGGACGAAAUAAAAACAAAACACCAUAGAGACGGCCGAAGCCGUGAAAAAGAUAGGAAUGGAGAGAGGCACAGGGAUAGGGACCGUGAAAGCAGACAUGAGAGAGAGAAGAGUGUUGACGAAAAGUACAGGGAGAGAGAAAAACACAAGAGUAAGCGCCGUGAAAAGGAUCGAGCCAGGAGCCGUGAUGAUGAAAGGGCCCGAGAAAAGGCUAAAGGCAGAGAAAAGGAUAGGGAUGAUAUAGAGUUAGACAUAGAUAGAGAAGACAGAGAGAGGGAGAAGGAGAAGGACAGGGAGAAGGAGAGGGCAAGGGAUAAGGACAGAGAGCGGGAGAACAGAGAGAAGGAGAAAGAAAGGGAGAAAGAGCGAGAAAGGGAGAGAGAGAAAGAAAGGGAGAGAGAAAAAGAAAGGGAAAGGGAGAAAGAAAGGGAGAAGGAAAGACAUGGAGAGCGAGAAAGGGAAAGGGAGAAGGAGAAGGAGAGAAGGGAAAGGGAUCGGGAAAAAGAGAGAGAACGGAAAGAGAGAGAGAAAAAACAUGAAAAAGAAAAACGGCGAGACAUGGCUCAUGAUGAAGAUGUUAGAGACCAUGACAGGAAAAGGCGUAGGAGAGAGGAGGAUGUCGAGGAAAGUGGCAAGACGAGCCGGCAUAAGGAUGGUGGUCAAGACAGUAGUACAAGGAAAAAGGGAGAUGAAGACUCUGAGGUCAUAAAAGAGAAGAGCCGGGAAGAAGAUCUCGCUGAAGAGCAAAAGAGAUUGGGUGAUGAGGCAGAAAAGCGGAGGAGGAGAGUUCAAGAGUGGCAAGAGCGUAGAAGGAAGGAGACAUCUGAGAUAGAAAAACUCGGGGUGCCGGUGACUCAUGAAUCCAAGUCUGGCAAGACAUGGACACUUGAUGGGGAAUCUGAUGAUGAAGAAUCUGAUCCUCAGGGAAAAUCAACAAUGGAUCUGGACGAAGAUGGAGCUGUGAAUCCCAAUAGUGAGGAUGUAAAUGGCAUGUCCAUCGAUGCUGAGAAUGAGGUUCUUCCCGCUUUGGAAAAUGGUGGUGACCAUGCUGUUGUGGAUGAAGAAAUUGAUCCGUUAGAUGCAUUCAUGAAUUCAAUGGUCUUGCCUGAAGUUGAGAAGCUAAGUAAUGGCGGACCUCCUGUUCAGAACGACUCCGGUUCUGAAUUGGUUGAAAGAAAUGGUAAACCAAAUUCGGGACAAUCUAAAAAGGGGACGAGAAAAUUAAUGGGAAGAAUUAUUCCUGGAGAAAAUUCUGACUCGGACUAUGGUGACCUUGAAGACGAUGAAAAACCUUCGGAGGAUGAAGAUGAUGAAGAAUUCAUGAAACGGGUGAAGAAGACCAAAGUUGAGAAGCUUUCAAUAGUUGACCAUUCAAAAAUCCAAUAUCCUCCCUUCAGAAAGAAUUUCUAUAUUGAAGUGAAGGAGAUUUCCAGGAUGACAGCUGAAGAGGUGGCCUCAUACAGGAAACAAAUGGAACUGAAAUUGCACGGAAAGGAUGUCCCGAAACCGAUAAAAACAUGGCAUCAGACUGGCUUAUCAACUAAAAUUUUGGAUACUAUCAAGAAGUUGAAUUAUGAAAAACCAAUGUCCAUUCAAGCACAGGCCAUACCAAUUAUUAUGAGUGGUCGUGACUGCAUUGGUGUUGCAAAAACAGGAUCCGGAAAAACCCUAGCGUUUGUGUUGCCCAUGUUGAGGCACAUCAAGGAUCAGCCUCCAGUUGUGUCGGGAGAUGGGCCUAUUGGGCUUAUUAUGGCUCCCACGAGAGAGCUUGUCCAGCAAAUCCACAGUGAUAUCAAGAAGUUCACAAAGGCGAUGGGUCUCAGCUGUGUGCCGGUGUAUGGAGGUUCCGGUGUUGCCCAGCAGAUUAGUGAGCUGAAACGAGGCACCGAUAUUGUUGUUUGUACCCCAGGUAGAAUGAUUGAUAUACUGUGCACUAGUAGUGGCAAGAUUACAAAUUUGCGCCGUGUCACUUACUUGGUCAUGGAUGAAGCCGAUCGAAUGUUUGACAUGGGUUUCGAACCCCAGAUUACGAGGAUUGUCCAGAACACGAGACCAGACCGUCAAACCGUGCUAUUUUCCGCCACUUUCCCUCGUCAAGUCGAAAUCUUGGCUCGUAAAGUGCUGAAUAAACCCGUUGAGAUACAGGUAGGUGGGAGGAGUGUUGUGAACAAGGACAUUGCCCAACUCGUUGAGGUGAGACCAGAAAGUGAUAGAUUCCUUAGACUAUUGGAACUACUUGGAGAAUGGUCCGAGAAGGGGAAAAUACUAAUCUUUGUCCACUCGCAAGAGAAAUGCGACUCGUUGUUCAAGGAGUUAAUUCGGUCCGGUUAUCCAUGCCUUUCACUUCACGGGGCAAAGGACCAAACGGACCGCGAGUCCACUAUAACCGAUUUCAAGACUAACGUGUGCAACUUAUUGAUUGCCACGAGUAUUGCUGCUAGAGGCUUGGAUGUGAAGGAUCUCGAGCUAGUCAUCAACUUCGAUGUUCCUAACCAUUACGAGGACUAUGUUCACCGUGUCGGUAGAACAGGUCGAGCUGGUAAAAAGGGAUGUGCUAUCACAUUCGUUUCUGAAGAAGAUGCAAGAUAUGCACCAGAUCUUGUGAAGGCCCUAGAAUUGUCGGAGCAGACUGUGCCAGAUGACCUAAAAGCCCUUGCAGAUGGAUUUAUGGCGAAGGUCAACCAGGGGCUCGAGCAAGCCCAUGGAACUGGCUAUGGUGGCAGCGGUUUUAAAUUCAACGAAGAAGAGGAUGAAGUGCGAAGAGCAGCAAAGAAGGCUCAGGCGAAAGAGUAUGGUUUCGAGGAAGAUAAAUCGGAUUCUGAAGACGAAGACGACGGUGUUAGAAAAGCGGGUGGUGACAUGUCUCAGCAAACCGCCCUUGCUCAAGCCGCUGCUUUUGCCGCCGCAAAAGCAAACGCUCCACCACCUAUAUCAGCUCCAAAUGGAGGAUUAUUACCCGGUCCUUUGCCUGGUGUUCCUGGUUUUACCAUUCCUGGUGUGCCAGCUGUCACCUCUUUGCCAGUUGGCGGCAUUGACGGGGCGGCUCGUGCUGCAGCACUGGCGGCUGCGAUGAAUUUACAGCAUAAUUUGGCGAAGAUUCAGGCGGAUGCUCUGCCGGAGCAUUAUGAGGCUGAAUUGGAAAUAAAUGAUUUCCCUCAAAAUGCUCGUUGGAAAGUGACGCACAAGGAAACACUUGGCCCGAUUUCUGACUGGACUGGAGCUGCAAUUACGACUAGAGGACAGUUUUAUCCACCUGGGAAAAUUGCGGGACCCGGUGAAAGGAAGCUUUACUUGUUCAUUGAGGGCCCCACUGAGCAAUCUGUCAAGAGGGCGAAAGCAGAACUUAAGCGUGUGUUGGAGGAUAUCACGAAUCAAUCUUCGUCACUUCCUGGUUCUGCGCAGCCUGGCAGAUAUUCUGUCGUCUAAGAGCGAUGUUUUAACUCUAAUCUUGUUUCCUAGAGUAAAUCGAGCAAGAAUUAUUUCUUUGCGAAUGCGAAGUUUGUGGUGUGUUGUUUAUAUACAGAACAGAAUGGUGGAGUUGCAGUCAGAGUCUGGAGCAGUCUCUUGAUGAGGUGUCCACUGGGAGUAGGUUUUGUAAUAUCUAUAACCGGUUGGAUUCGAAGAAAUGCAGAAAUUAGUUGUUGUAAAAUCAUCAUAAGAUAGAUGUAAAACAUAUCAAUUGUACUUGAAGAAAAUCAAUUUAUUUUACUACAAUAGAAUUGUAGAAAACUAUAAAUUUGUGAGUGGCCAUGUCUCAUCUGUUCAUAAUAAACAAUUUUCUUCUGGUUCUCAUUUACAAACAAAUAGUAGUAGUAUUCCUACUUUUAAGGAGACAAGUAUAUCCUGAAAGAAAUCAAUACAGUAAAUUUACAUACUUACAUAAGGCAACAACUAACUAUGCAUUAAAAUGAUAUCUUAUGUACAACUUUUGCUCUAGUAGAAAUUGGCUUUGGAAAGGAUUUCAAUACAUAGAUUUCAAGAAUUGUUGCUCUAGAUUUCCAAAACAAUUUAAUUAUUGCCUAUUAAACCACAAGAAAUAAAGCACAACAAAACAAAAGAGGAGUGAACCACUAACAUAAACAUUUCAUGGUAGCAUAACAUGUAAUUCAAAAAAAAUGUCUAAACAAAAUUCCUCAAACUAACCAAAAAGA